AUGAGGCUGUCGACAGUAUUACCUCUAACUAGCUUUGGAAAUGUGCUAUUGUUCCUCUUCAACAUAAUACUGGCGUCUACGAUUGUUUUUCUUAACGUUUCUGUAUUUGUUUCCAUUAUGAUCAAUAAGUCACUUCGCAGCGAAAACCGAUUUAUGUAUAUGCUCAGCACUUGCUUAAGCGACGUGUGUUCAGGUGUUUCUUAUUACUAUGCUGGCGUACUUGACGUCAGGGACAGCUACGAUUCUCCAAAUAGAACUUACUUUAUCGCUCCAACAUUUCUGGGGCUUUCUUAUAUGGCAAUUUUAGCAGCUCAAGCUGACAGAUAUCACGCCGUAAGCUCACCUUUCAAAUACUCCCAGAGAAUGACUCGCAAUCGGACUCUACUGGUAAUUUUAGCAUAUUGGGUUUACGCCUUCAUCAUCGUUGGGGUGAGCAACUUGGUAACAAUGGGAACUGCCAAAAAGGUCACUAGCAUCGGAACGUUUGCUGCAAACAUUGUCACUGUAAUUAUAAUGAUAGGGCUCAAUAUUAGAUUGUUCUUAAUUGCAAAGUACCAGUUAAACAGGGACCCUCCCUCAGUGGAGAGAGAACAGAAGAAGUCGUCAAUAUAUCUUAUAAUUCUGGUUGCUAUAUGUUUCUUAGGUACAUGGCUACCCAUAUUCCUUCACAUUAUAGUCUGUAGCUUCACAGGAUCCACUUGCUAUGCUUUCAAAAACGAAGGCACGGACCCUCUGAGAACUUUGCCUCGAGUAAAUGCAGUCCUCACUCCUAUGUUGUACAUUCGAGGUUGCACUUCUUUAAAGGAGACGCUUUUCAGCACAGUUUGGAAAACUUGCUGCAGAAGACGAAGGUAA